GAAGGAGUGAUUUUAAAAGGUAGAGACUGUGAGAGGAGGAGGAGGAGGAGAGAGAGAGAGAGAGAGUGGAAGAGGGAGAGAGAGAGAGAGAGAGAGACGGCGGCUCACUGCUACUCUGUCUUUGCUGUCAGAAGGACUCUGAUGAACAAACACACAUCUUUUCUGCUUUCACCCUGACUAGCUCCACUCAUCACACUGCCUCGUCAAGAUCUUCAUCCAUCCGUCUGCUUCAUCGACACAUCAGCCGAUAAUUGGAUCUGAUGACUCUUCCAAAGUGGAGUGAGACAAUUGAUCAGUAAACCAUAGUCCACAUCGGCGCUCGUCAUUUCCCCACAUCCCGAGAGUCGGAGGAAGGUCACAGAUUUCAACUUUUCUGGGGAUUUUCUUGGAGCCUUUACGUUCAUCUAGUGGCCUGCUACGGACCCCUGGGUGUGCUCCCUCACCAUGGCAACCAACAGGGAACAGCAGGUGGGUCAUAUGACUGGCUUCCCACCUGCUGUCUAUCCCUUCGCCUUCAACUCCAUGAGAAGCCACUCCCCUUUUGACCUGCUGGCUAACACCAGCCUGUUUGGGAGAUUUGGUGCUGACCUGCCUAAAGAGAUGGCCGCUCUCUCGGUGGAGACCCAAAGCACCAGCUCAGAGGAGAUGGUACCCAGUUCUCCGUCUCCACCUCCCCCACCUCGAAUCUACAAACCCUGCUUUGUGUGCCAGGACAAGUCCUCAGGGUACCACUAUGGGGUCAGCUCCUGUGAGGGCUGCAAGGGUUUCUUCCGCCGCAGUAUCCAGAAGAACAUGGUGUACACCUGCCACCGAGACAAGAACUGUCAGAUUAACAAGGUCACACGCAACCGCUGCCAGUACUGCAGGCUGCAGAAGUGCUUUGAGGUCGGCAUGUCCAAGGAAGCGGUGCGUAAUGACAGAAACAAGAAGAAGAAGGAUGUGAAGGAGGAGGUGGUGCUUCCAGAGAGCUACGAGCUGAGUGGAGAGCUCGAGGAGUUGGUUAAUAAAGUCAGCAAAGCUCACCAAGAAACCUUCCCAUCACUUUGCCAGUUGGGCAAAUACACCACAAAUUCCAGCUCAGACCACCGUGUCCAGCUGGAUCUGGGUUUAUGGGACAAGUUCAGUGAGCUCUCAACCAAAUGCAUUAUCAAGAUUGUGGAAUUCGCCAAGCGGCUGCCAGGUUUCACGACCCUCACCAUCGCUGACCAGAUCACUUUGCUGAAGUCGGCCUGCCUGGACAUACUGAUGCUGAGGAUCUGCACACGCUACACUCCAGAACAGGACACUAUGACCUUCUCAGAUGGCCUGACCCUGAACCGGACUCAAAUGCACAACGCCGGCUUUGGACCUCUCACAGACCUAGUGUUUGCCUUUGCUGGCCAGCUUCUACCCCUGGAGAUGGAUGACACAGAAACUGGCCUCCUCAGUGCCAUCUGUCUAAUUUGUGGAGACCGCAUGGAUUUAGAGGAGCCUCAGAAAGUCGAUAAGCUGCAAGAGCCUCUUCUCGAGGCUCUGAAGAUCUACGCCCGCCGCCGUCGCCCCAACAAACCUCACAUGUUCCCCCGCAUGCUGAUGAAGAUUACAGACCUCAGGGGCAUCAGCACUAAAGGUGCAGAGAGAGCCAUCACUCUGAAGAUGGAGAUCCCUGGCCCAAUGCCUCCUUUGAUCAGAGAGAUGCUUGAGAACCCAGAAGCCUUUGAGGACCAAACAGAGAGCAACGAUAGCCCGCCUCCUCCGCCGCCGCCUCCACCUCCACCACCAGCCCUGGUCCUGAAGCAGGAGGCUGAGGAUGAGGAGGACAGCUGGGCCACAGAGAACGGCAGUGAGCCGUCGCCGGAGGAGGAGGACGAAGACGAUGAUGACGAUGGGGGGGACGAAGAGCGAGACAGGGGCUCGGACAGUGAUGGGGAGCCCUGGGCGGUUCUUGACGCCAUAGAUGGGUCAAGGAAAGGCCUUGUUGGGAGGGCACAGUGAACUUAGCAUUUCAUGCACACAUACAUACAAAAGGUCAAACACACCCACACCUACAUACACACACACAGGCACUCAUACAUUUAUACAUACAUACAGAUCAAAGAAACUUACAAACCUCACUCUCCCACCUCAACAUAUGCUGGCCUUCCCUCCCCCUCUCUCUUUCUCCUUACUGCACAUCAUCAUGUCCUCCACAGCGGAGCACAGCAGAGCCUUACGUGUACAGACACUUUCUAACUCAGGCCACAUGGUCCAUGACAAGUGAACUACAGACAAAUAAAGUAGAGGAGACAUGACAGAAAACAAUAUGAACUCCUGGCGUAGCCAAGAGAGAAGUUAACGUGACAAAAAGAACAUAUCCUCUUUGAGAUAGUUAAAUGUCUCUCUUCUUUUUUCUCCCACUUGUGUUGUUAAUAUCUUAACAGGGGGGCGGCCAAACCAGACACCAGAACUGAGCAGUUUGUAAUGGUUUUUACAACAAAGCACAUUUCUCAAAAGAAAACAAGAUUACAGGGCAAAACCAAAUCGAGUAUGCUUAUCUUUGUUCUUUGUGGUUAUUGCUUUUUGAACUUGUAGUUUUUCCUUCUUUUUUUUUUCAAUUUAUGUAUAAGUCCAUACAUAUCUAUAUACCAUUAUAAUUUUGUCUUUAUUUGUUAUUCUGGUUUCAUAUAUAAAUCCUGUAGACAAGUUUUUUUUUUUCUGAAGAGCUUUCCUGAGAAGAUUUUCAGAGGGAAAGAAGGGUAAUCAGAACUGGCCGGGUCUUCCUUAGCAGCUAUAUAUGCUUAGCUGGGGGCUUUUUUUUGGGGGGGCCCUUUGGCUCACUGUGGAUGUCAAUGAUAAUCAACCCAGAGGAUUAGUGUUAUGUUGCAGCGACUUAAUCAGUUUCUGUUAUCAGGGAAUUGGCAUUAUUCUAGUUAGCUCUCAUCACAGCCGACUAAAGCUGUCUAUGUAGAAAGUAAGUAUCUUUGUGCCAAAGUUAGGGGAAGUCAAUUUUGGGAGUUUGACUACUGGCGGGGACUCCAGCCACGAUCCAGCAAUCCUCACGCACAUACACAGAUACACACACACACACACACACACACAUACAUUAACACGAACGUAAUCCCAAUAUACAAACAGCAUGGAGGUAGUGCCUGGACAGAGAUUUACAAUUUACACUGUAUAUGUAGCACUUUUGUGAUCCUCUGUUCUUGUCAGGCACAUGGCGUCCGCUCAAAUCUGUUACCAUUUCCAAAAUGAUGACAAAAUCAACAUACAGAAUACAAUCAACCUUCAAGCACUCCCUGAUGAUGUCAACAUACAAACACACACAUGCACACUCUCAGCAAAAAGACAAAGAAUAUCCAUACACGGUAGCAAACAUUAUGCAGCAACACAACGAUCGAAGACAUAUGCAAAGUCAAAGCAGGAAUACUUAUGGAAGACGUUUAGGAAUCAGACUCAGGGCUUUUCUGUAAGGACCAAACCCUAACGCUGCUUUCAGGCGCGCUAGGAACAGGCAAUAUUUAUGUGUGUAUUCUUAACUCCAUUCUUUUUUGAUUAGCUCAACCCCCUCUCUGAUUGUAUAUAGAAGGAGACAAGUCUGAAAAAACAAGCAUGGAUGCCAGUCUGACUCUUCCAAAGGAGGGGAAAUCAUCAUCACUGCCCCCACCUCUGCUUGCGCUGGCAUCCAUGCAGCAAACUGCCUUCUCAUCCCAAAAGCCAUUAUAUCAUCUUGUCUUCUUGUGUAUAUCCUCACCUCUCUUUUUAGGCGAGCUGUGGAGGAUUUUGUGUUCUCAUGUAUCAUUUCUUUAUUGCCAAAAUGUCUCUGUUGGCUGGGAGAGCGCGGCUGACAUACAGCACAUUUUUUCUGUCUCUCUUUAAAGCAAUAUGAACAUUCUCUCUGUAGCGGCAAGAGGUCUGUGUUACAGGCCGUUCUCCUCAUUUAGAGUCAUGUGAGUGUGCGUGAGCGGGCAUUUGUGUGUGUGAAUGCCUUUACCUGUUCAGUCAUUGGGUGAAUGUCCUUGGCGUGGUGCUGUCGCACACAAAGAAACUUUUGUGUGAUGACCCCAUCCUUUCUCUCUUUCUGCUGGCCUGUCAUGACGUUAAUGAUGGUAUUGCAGACAGAACAUUGAGAUUAUGUUGUUUUUAUGUUUUUUGUUUUGUUCAACAUGGCCAAGGUGUUGUCUACCCUCUGUUUAUGUCAACUCUUGUCAUACAAAGAAAAGCCAUAUAAACAGUAAGAGGCACAAUAAACUACUUUUGUGAGA